UCCGACUCCUACUCGGAACAAGCAGACCCACCAUGGGAACAGGGCAUUAGUGACGCUGGCUCCACGCCUUCAAAACGCUGGGAACAACGUCAAAAGGCAACCUCGAAUUCCUUACGCAGAAAUCCGACUCGUCGAAUUCAAUUAGUUAAAGGCACGGUCUUAAGCGUUGACCAUCCGGUUCCAAGCGCGAUACGGAAUGCCGUCCAGCCAAAAUACCGUGACCUAGAGGGCGAUUCCCCUGAAGAAUUUACUCAUAUGAGAUAUACAGCGGCCACUUGCGACCCCGACGAGUUCACUUUGCAAAAUGGAUACAACCUUCGCCCUUCUAUGUAUAAUAGACACACCGAAAUGAUGAUCGCGAUCACCUAUUACAAUGAGGAUAAAGUCCUCACCGCCAGAACCUUGCAUAGCGUUAUGCAAAAUAUCCGAGAUAUCGUCAACUUGAAGAAGACCCGAUUCUGGCACAAAGGAGGUCCGGCGUGGCAAAAGAUUGUUGUCUGUCUCAUAUUCGAUGGAAUCAAGCCAUGCGACAAGGAGACACUUGAUCUUCUUGCGACGGUUGGAAUCUUCCAAGAUGGUGUGAUGAAAAAAGACGUUGAUGGCAGAGCCACGGUGGCUCAUAUUUUCGAGUAUACGACUCAACUAUCGGUCACACCAACACAGCAAUUGAUUCGACCAUCCGGCGAUGAAAUCACUAAUCUAUGCCCUGUUCAAAUGAUCUUUUGCCUCAAGCAAAAUAAUAGCAAAAAGAUCAACUCCCACCGCUGGCUGUUUAAUGCGUUUGGAAGGAUCCUCAAUCCCGAGGUGUGCAUCCUGAUUGAUGCGGGUACUAAGCCAGGGCAUAAGUCUCUCCUUGCUUUAUGGCAAGCCUUUUACAACGAUAAACACCUUGGUGGUGCGUGUGGCGAAAUCCAUGCACUUCUAGGUCGUGGUUGGCGAAAUGUGUUGAAUCCUGUGGUCGCUGCGCAGAAUUUCGAGUAUAAGAUCUCUAACAUUCUCGAUAAACCACUCGAGAGUAGCUUCGGCUACGUGAGCGUUCUUCCAGGAGCAUUUUCUGCUUAUCGGUAUAGAGCUAUCGUCGGUAAGCCUCUGGAGCAAUACUUCCAUGGCGAUCACACACUUUCUGCAAGGCUCGGCAAGAAAGGCAUUGAGGGGAUGAAUAUCUUCAAGAAGAAUAUGUUCUUAGCGGAGGAUCGAAUUCUGUGCUUUGAGCUAGUCGCAAAGGCCGGGUGCCAAUGGCGCUUGACCUAUGUGAAGGCAUCCAAAGGAGAGACUGACGUGCCCGAAGGCCCGGCAGAGUUUCUUAGCCAGAGACGACGCUGGUUAAAUGGUUCUUUCGCCGCGAGUCUUUACGCUACAAUGCACUUUGGCAGGAUCUAUGCCAGUGGCCAUAAUUGGAUUCGUCUCUUUGUUUUCCAUGUCCAGCUGGUGUAUAAUAUCGCCCAGCUUGUCAUGACAUGGUUCUCUCUAGCAUCAUACUGGCUCACCACAUCCGUCAUCAUGGAUAUUGUGGGAGUUCCGAGCUCUGUUAAUCACUAUAAGAGCUGGCCAUUCGGGAAGGAAGCAUCUCCGAUCGUGAACAACUUCCUCAAGAUCGGCUAUCUAGCAACACUCUUGCUCCAGUUCAUCUUGGCUCUCGGUAAUCGACCAAAAGGGACCAAGAGGCUAUACACACUCUCUUUCAGCUACUUCUCAUUUGUUCAAGCUUAUAUUCUGGUCUUGACCUUCUACCUUGUGGCACAGGCACUGACAGGAAACAACUUAACCUUUGACGUGCAUCACGGUUUCGGAACAUUCCUCGGCUCUUUCAUCGGGUCCACAGGCGGAAUUGUUCUAGUCGCUCUAGUCUCCACGUACGGCAUCUACUUCCUGGCCAGCUUUCUCUACUUGGACCCGUGGCAUAUGUUUACCUCAUCCUGGGCAUAUAUUCUGGGAAUGCCUUCGUCAAUCAAUGUUCUUAUGGUGUACGCAUUUUGCAACUGGCACGAUGUUUCAUGGGGUACUAAAGGUUCGGACAAAGCCGAGGCGCUACCGUCAGCGCACACCAAAACAGAUGCUCAACAAACAUUUGUCGAGGAGCUAGAUAAGGCCCAGGUUGACAUUGAUACACAAUUUGAGCAAACGGUGAAACGAGCCUUGACACCGUAUCGACCACCUAUUGAGAAAGAGGAGACCAGUUUGGAUGAUUCAUACAAAGCUUUCCGAACUAAUUUGGUGCUGUUGUGGACAUUCAGCAACGGCCUUCUGGCAUUUUGUAUCAACAACGCCGACUUGGAUCGGCUUUGUUUUACUACAACAUCGACGCCUCGCACGGCAAUGUAUUUCAAGGUCAUUCUAUGGGCAACCUCUGGUCUCUCUAUUUUCCGCUUUCUUGGUGCUCUCUGGUUUUUGGCAAAAACUGGAGUUCUGUGUUGUUUUAGAAGACGGUGA